ACUGGUUUUUCUACAACAACUUAUGAACCUUCUACAACCAUCACUGGUGUGUCAACAAAAACUGGUGAACCCACUACGACCGUAACUGGUGUGUCAACAACAACUGGUGAACCCACUUCGACCACUGAGUCAACAAAAGUAACUGUUCAACCCACAACACUCACUGGUUUUUCAACAACAACUGAUGAACCAAUUACAACCAUCACUGAGUCAACAAAAACAACUAGUGAACCCACAACAACAGUCACUGGGGCAUCGACAGCAACUGGUGAACCCACUAUGUCCAUCACGGUUUCAUCAACAACAACUGAUGAACCCACUACACCCAUCACUGAGUCAACAAAAACAACUGGUGAACCCACUAGAGCAGUCACUGGUUCAUCAACAAAAACUGGUGAACCCACUACGACUUUAACUGGAGUUUCAACAACAACUGGUGAACAAACUAGAUCAGUCACGGGUUCAUCUACAACAACUGGUGAAUCCACUACAACCCUCACUGGUGUGUCAACAACAAUCAUUACGGAUGUACCCAUUACAACCGUAACUGGUGCAUUGACGACAACGAUUACAGCUGCCCCCAUAACAAUUGUCACUGGUCCAUUGACAGGAAAUGGUGUUUCAACAACAAGCGAUGCAUCAACGACUACUGUUACUGCAGCAACAACUACACCUGUCACGGGUGUGUCGACAACAACUGGUGAACCCACUGCAACUCUUACUGGUGCAUCGACAACAACUGUUACAGCUGUACCCACUACAACUAUCACUGGAGAAUCAACAACAACUGGUGAACCUCCUUCAACUAUCAUUGAUGCAUCGACAACGACUAGCGAACCCAUUACAAACUUUACUGGUGCAUUGACAACAACGAUUACAGCUGCACCCACUACAACUGUAAGUGUUGCAUUGACAAAAACUGAAGAACUCACUUCAACCGUCCCUGGUGUGUCGACAACAACUUUUGAACCCUCUUCAGUCAUCACUGGUGUGUCGGCAACGACUGUUACAGCUUUACCCACUACAACCGUCACUAGUGCAUCAAAUGCCACCACAACUACAACGGCUACUCCUGUCAUCACUACUGCCAUCAUCACAGCCACGACAACUGCAACUACCGCUGUUGCAAAUUCUAGUGUUCCUGUGGUGUUCAGGUCCAGCGGAGAGACAUUUACCUCUGACCUAUCAAAUCCAUCUUCUCAGGCCUUUCAAACCCGAGCAUUGCUGAUUAAAACUCAGCUUGAACCUUUCUAUCGAUCGGCUUUCACCUCUUUCAACAGUUUGGAUGUAACAGAAUUCAGCUCUGGAUCCAUCAUCAAUACUGUAAAUGUAGCAUUCAGCUCCCCCUCGGUCCCUAAUAUCACAGAGAUUGGCACUGUUUUGAUAAAUGCUGCUCAAAACAUCACAGCUUUCAAUAUUGAGCCCAACUCAGUGACGGUCAACAGCACAGCUGCUCCUGCAACAAGUACUGUUCCUCCUACAACUUAUGUUACUACCACUGUGGCUGGUACGACCGCCACAACAACUGGAGAACCUGUCCAGGUUCCUGCUACCGUUCCUACAACCAGGCCCACAACUACAACCACCACCUAUGUGGCCCCCACAACUACAGUGUCAAGGACAACAUCACCACUGUCAACAAUGACCAGCAAAGCUCCAACUACCACAACAACCAAUGCACCAACUACCACAACAACACAUACUACUACUACUACUAGUACAACAACGACAACAACUGCAACAACAACAACUACAACUGCACAUCUUCAACCUGCUCCACUGGUGUCUUUCGUCAUACAACAAGUGUUUGUAGAAGCUUUAAAUGACCCUCAAAGUACACAAUUCCAAGAACUUGCAAUAACUAUUACUGCAGUGUUCGAUGUGAUCUACAAAGCAAAAUAUGGGAUCCUUUUCAUCCGGACGAUUGUUCUUGGAUUCACACCUAUGUUCCAUUCCCGUAUGGAAGCAGAAACACAGGCGGAGGUCCAACUGGUGUUCAACGAGACCUCCACUCAAUCUGUCCCUGAGGUUACUGACAUUAGCAAUACACUGAAAGAAGCAGUUGCCAAUCCAAACAUUACCUUUGGCAACCUCUCUGUGGAUGUCACCACCAUCAUUGUUCAAGUGCCCACCACAAAUAACAACACAACUACAACGGCUAGUCCUGUCAUCACUACUGCCAUCAUCACAACUACAACCAGUGAAACUACCGUUGUGGCACUCACUAAGGUGACGGUGGUGUUCCGGUCCAGCGGAGAGACAUUUACCUCAGACCUAUCAAACACAUCUUCUCAGGCCUGUCAAACCCGAGCAUUACUGAUUAAAACUCAGCUUGAUCCUUUCUAUCGAUCAGCUUUCACCUCUUUCAACAGUUUGGCUGUGACAGAAUUCAGCUCUGGAUCCAUCAUCAAUACUAUGGAUCUAGCAUUCAGCUCCCCUCCGUCCCAAAUUCCAUGGAGAUUGGCACUGUUUUAAUAAAAGCCGCCCAAAAAAUCACAGCUUUCAACAUUGACCCCACCUCAGUGAGAGUCAACGGCACAGCUGUGACCUCAAGUGGAGUAAGCAGCAAGACCAGUCUCUGCACAGCAUUCUUUCUGGUGGUUCUGUCGCUGCUCCUGUCAAGCCAGCAUUAGUCUCAGUGGCAACGCCCACUAAAAACACUAUUUCACUCACAGGCAAGCAGCAGAACGAAAUAGUGUGUGUUGUCAUAUUUCACUCUGAGAACUUUCCACACAUUCCAACCCCUACCCCAAUUCCACCCAUGAUUUGAAUAGUGUCCAAAAAUUAAAUCAAGUCUUGUAAGCUGACAUAAGAUACACUAUGUGUGGCAGUUGAAUACAACGAUGUGAUAUAAUUACUGCCUAUUCAAUCAAAAUGUGUAAGUGUAUGGGUUUCCGUCUUAAGUCGAUGUUAUUUCCAUGCAAUGAAAAAUAAUGUUUGAUUUAAUAUGCACUUAAGGUUAUUUUUGAUUCGCUCUGUUGCUGAUAUGAACUAAAAACAUUGAUUCACUCUGUUGCUGAUAUGAACUAAAACAUUUAAUCACUCUGUCAAUGAUAUGAACUAAAACAUUUAAUCACUCUGUUGCUGAUAUGAACUAAAACAUUGAUUCGCUCUGUUGCUGAUUUGAACUAAAACAUUUAAUCACUCUGUCACUGAUAUGAACUAAAACGUUGAUUCACUCUGUUGCUGUUAUGAACUAAUGAGAGCAAUAUUUUAUUUUCUAUUUUGACUUAACCAGUGAAACCUGGAUAACUGAUUUAAAUAAGGCCCUUUUUGAGCAAAAUGUUCAUCAAUUUAAACCAUUGUCAAUGUAGUUUUCAUUCUGUUUUCUAUUCUUCGUCAUGUAUAACUAUCUAUUAUACCAAUGAAUGUAAAUCUUUAGUCCUGAUGUUGUAAUAUAUGUCUCACUGUUGUUGAGAUUCAGGCCAUUGUAGUGUUUACUAUUUGUUGACUAAAUGAGUGGUUUGAAUGACAAGGUACAGUAUGGCUCCAAAUUGUGAUGUUUAUCUGACUAUCUGGCUUUAAAAAACUGGAACAACAAGACUACACGAGAUCAGCCCAACACAUCCACGUGGUACACAGUGAGAGAGUGUUGUGUCCCACUGGUCUGGACAGCAGUUAGUUUUGUUGGUGCAAUAUUCGCUCUCCCAGAAAUUGAGCUUUGAUUGGUUCUCACAUGUGAGAUUUUCGCAUGCAAAAUGCUCCUCGCUUCCUAAUCAAUUGGCCUCGCCCCAACUAGAGACAGACAAACAGGUAGUUCGUUUAAUGAUUCUUUCCAUUUGAAAAGGGGAUACCAGCGUAGCAUGCCACGGUGACUCUGGAGAAGACAGACAUCUCUCGAGUUUGAAGCGUACAAAAUCUCUGAAAAACUAAACUCAUCAAGUGUUAAGAUAGGAAACAUUUUGUAUUUUAUUUCCUUUAUUUCUUUCUUUUAUUUCCUCUAUCCAAAACAUAGACAAUUAACAUAGAAUGCCCACCCUAGUCACACCCUGGCCUAACCAAAAUAGAGAAUAAAAACCUCUCUAUGGCCAGAGCGUGACACAUAUGUAUAUACUGUAUUCUAUUCUAUACUAUCUUAGUUUAUGUCGCUCUGACACAGCUCAUGCAAAUACUUAUAUAUUCUUAAUUCCAUUCCUUUACUUUAGAUUGUGCGUAUUGUUAGAUAUUACUUGUUAGAUAUUACUGCACUGUUGGAGCUAGAAACACAAACAUUUUGCUACAAAACCACAAAACCAUCUGCUAAACAACAAGCAUUUUGGUACAAAAUCGCAAUAACAUCUGCUAAAUGUGUAUGGGACAAAUAACAUUUGAUUUUAUUUGAAAUACCUCACCCCCUCAUGCCUUAUUGCUUAAUCACGCAUCAGCAUAUAUUUUCAAAACAAAAACAAGUACUGUAUCCUGUGAGCUCAAUUGUAAAAUUAUUCCAUUCUAGAAUUCAAGAGGGGUAUAAAUAAAUCAAUCAUUGU